CAUAACGAAGAAGGAGGGGGAGGCGGAAGUGAGGAGACGUGUAUUUUGGAUUUGCUCCUUAGGCUGAUACACCGAACGUAUCCCCGGUAUAAGGUUAGAGCACUAGCUUGGCCGCUAGAUCACCGCAGUUGUCGACAAUGCGAUGGGUAACUGCUGGGCGCACUGUGUCGGGUUCUUCCGGAGAGAGGCCAGCAGGAUCCAGAGAGGCGGCGGGUCAAAAUAUUUCAGAAGCAGUACCACUGGGGAGCAUUAUACCAUAGAGUUUGAAAACCUUGUUGAGAGUGAUGAGGCCGAGAGCCCCCAGCCUUGUCCGAGGCCCAUCAACGAAGAUGAAAUCAAACACCUCAAAGAUCACCAAUAUACUGCAAUAUCAGACCAGCAGAAUUUAAUAGACCAAAAGAUACAAGCAGAGUUAGCGACACAAGAGGAGAAGUUAAGGCUAGAAGAGGAGGCUAGAAAUGCCGCCCAGCGGGAAGCCGCGAGGGUGGCGCGAGAGCGAAUAUUACAGGAGCAACGGGUUGCUAAAAGGCCCAGGGGCAAGGCUGAUGGUGCCGUGAGUGAAGCUCAACAAAGGAAACAGGCGCACGCCCACGGAGAGGAAUUUGACGCCUACAUACAGAACGUAAAGGCCCAGUCGGAGGCCUUCAGAAGCAGCAGGCUGUCGUCGGAGACCAACGUGGUGACGCCCAACACAGAGAGCAGCUGGGACUUCAACACCAAGACGCGCUCCACCAACGACGACGGCACAUCGCUGGACCUGGAGUGGGAGGAUGAGGAAGGGAUGAACCGCUCCAUCCCGGCGUGGGAGCGGUCCCGGACCGAGGAGGACAUCCUGCGGGCGGCCCUCCGCCCGGGGGCCCGCCCGGCCCACGGCGGGCCCCCGUCGGCCUCGGAGGACUCCACGGGGCUGGAGUGGGAGAACGACUUUGUGAGUGGCGCGCACGCCGAGGACAACGAGGACUCUGAGUUCGAGGGCUUCGUCAACCCUGUUCUGGACACGCCCACUGAGAGCGACGGAAGCAUCCGAUUGGACGGCCAGGGCAGAUAGUGUCCGGCCCCGCCCCCCGUCCAGAAGUGCAUUCCAUGCGGGGGCCUCCGGGCGUCGAGGAGGGGGCCCCCACCAGCUUCUUUUGCCUGGAGCAAUCAGAUCCUGAUUCCUCCGCGGUUCAAAUGCUCAUUUUCUGUCUUGUGUACGUGUGGAACACAAACAGAGAAGGUCUGUGAGGCUCGAGCGUCAUCCACCUAGUUUCAGUGCCUUUACUUUGCUUCAUUGUUCUACCUUUUCAUGUGUUGCAACAUAACAUGUUCAAUAACCAUCGGAGGGAACACUCAAGUAAAGGACAAAGAGCAUGGCUGUUUUGAGGUAUCAAAUCAGUCUUCUAUCCUCAGCGAUUGUUUUGGUUUAAUUUCAAUACUUUUCCAUGAAGUGCAAAACCUUACUCUAUUUAAUCAAAGAUUAUCCAGACAUCCACAUUUUCUAACGCUGUGAUCUUUCCCACAAAUCUUCCUUUGUACAUUUCCACAUUGCGUCCUUAUUAUCAGCUACCAAAAAAGUUAAGGGAUUUCGGGGACCACAUUUUGCUUGUCAACUUUUAUCAUGCAUUGUUACGGUUAAAUGCGUUGUGUAGAAUGAAUUGUUUUAAUAGACGUGUCCGGAUUGCUCUGCGUGCUUUCCUCUGGGCCUCGUCCUCAGUCGCCUAGCGGGCUCUAAGGUAAUCGAUGACUGGGAUUACCUCAGCUGACUGUAAACCUGGUCCUCUGAGCCUGUGUGAGGCUGGACUGUGGAAGAGGGUCGGGACCAACCUAAACAUCCCAUAUUCCAUGUUUUUAAACAUUUAAAUAGAACCUCAAAGGGUCACUUUGAUUCAAGUUAGUUUGGAUCACAAUAAGGAAACGUGAUGAUUGAUUGGCGAUGUGGAACUGUCUCCAUGUCUCCCUAUCCAAAGUGUCCGGGGUAGAUCUUGCAUACUUAAUUCCAUUAAACAUCUAUACUGUAAUACUUUCUGUUCUGUAAUGUUGCUACAGAAUGUUUGAAUACAGCAUACCAUGUUCACUAGUGAACGAUUGCACUAUAGCUAUAUCUAUAUAGUAUAUCUAGAUGGUAGGGAGCGAAAUCCUUUAUUUGAAUAGGAAUAGUUCAUGUCUUGCAUUUAUUUCCACAUUGUUUAUCAUUACGUUGCUAUGAUGCAGACAUUUUCCAGCAGUGGGGAUGAACCACCAAGCGACCCCAGACUUUACACUGGACCUGCUAAAAUGGGUUUGCCGGACAAAAUAAAUGUACCACCAUUUAUUUUCUUAAUAUUUAAUAGUAUUAUUAUUUCUGAGGUACGUUUGAUUGUCUUCAUAUCUGAUCAUACGGAUGGAUUUUCUAUCUGGUUUUAUUCCUGGACAUUCUAGCUGAUACCUCCAUUGAGCCUCUGUGAGAAGUGUAGAGUUGGGAGAUAUCAAUCUGCUGCUACAGAGCGAUUCAUGCACAUUUCACCUUCGCCUUUCUAGCCCGGCUUAACAGCAGGAUACAAAGUCAUCGUUGGACAUUUCAUCAAGUGUGAUUUACAUCUGGGCUAUAACUUGGUUAUUGUGAAUCAUAAUGUGAGAGUGAGAUGUUUAUGUGGGGGAAUAUAUUGUUUUUAAGUUUAAGUGAAUGAUUUAAAGGUGUUAAGGCCUCAUUUCUCCCAAUAUCCAGAUCAAUUUAAAUUGUAUUUAAAAGCUUUGGUUAUCUUUGUUAACCAUGUGAUUACCAGCUACAAAGUUAAUUUAAAGUCGAUGAUUUAACAUUGGGAUUGCACAAACACUAACGCGGGCAGAUCAGGUGCAUGUCUUAGUUCUUCAUUUGCUCUUUUACAGGACCACCCUUUCUCUUCUAAUGCAAGUGACCUGACGAGAUUGAAUUGUGCUCCCUUUUGUAGUGAAUUGCCUGGUUUUCAGGCAGGCAACAGUUAGUCACUAUUUAAUAGCAUGUUUGUAAAGAUGGUGUGUACUUUAUCAUUAUGAAACACAUUCACUUCUGUUGACAGGUUUGACCUUUUGGUUCUUAUAGUUUUUCUGUAUGCAAGAAUGUACUUUGUAUUCCUUGUCACACUUAGCGUUAGAACACAAUGCUGACUGUAAAUCACAAUAAAUGAAGGUGUUAUUGGAA